AUGUUUUGCAGUGCCAUUCCCGAAUCCCGAACUCCUUCUUCCCACUUCGCCCCCAGUAAGAGAUGGAAAAUUCCUACAAAUCUCGGUUUGUCCAGUGGCGACUACUGCGUACGCGGUCCUCGGAGCAAGGAUUCAAAGGCAAAAGAUGAGGCGGAGGUGAAGGAGGAGAAGGAGGAGGCAGUGGAGGAGUGGAAUCGAAAGAUGCGGCGGCGACUCUAG